AUGGCUAUGCUAUGGUUCGGAUAUGAUGCUACACUAGGACAGCCAGGCCAUUGUUCGCGUAUGAUUUUAAACCAGGGCAGCCAGGCCAUGGUUCGGGUACGAUGCCACACCAGGACAGCCAGGCCAUGGUUCGGGUACGAUGCUACACCAGGACAGCCAGGCCAUGGUUCGGGUAUGAUUCUACAGCAGGCAGCGGUUCUGGUACGAUUCUACACCAGGACAGCCAGGGCAUGGGUCGGGUAUGAUUCUACAGCAGGCAGCGGUUCUGUGCUUCAGUGUCACAGCGCCUUGUGCUAUAGCGAAUCCAAGCGAGCAUGGCAACUCGGGGAUAAGGCCGGGGCGUGUGAAAAGGAGUCGUCAGUUGAUGCCGAACACCCUAAACUGACCGAUCCGAUAACGGUUGGGUCGGGCCACCCAUCACUGAGCUAUAAGGCUUUCAGUUUUGAUGGAAGAGUCGACUACGUCAAGGUGGGGGUGGAUGAUCUCCAAAUGAAAAUAUUCUCUUUAUUCCUGCUUGUAUAUCCCACAACACCGUCAGGUACACUCGCGCAUUACAGAUACGGUUCGGGCGACACGGAUGGAAUUGAUGAGAUUGUCAUCAGCAUAAACAGAGGUGUGGUUAAUGUUCUCAUCAUUUAUAACAGUAAUGAUUGGACUUUCACUCAUCCUACACCUAUCACUGUGAAUACAUGGCACCGCGUUGUGUUCAAAAGGGAUAUAGACGCUGGGAGGGUUCACCUUGACCUUGACGGUACCCCAAGCACCCACAAUGCUGCUCCAAAAGACACAAUUGAAUAUCUUGGCACCCCAGGGAAAUUGUGGCUGGGGCGAAAUGUUGAAAGUGGUAACUUCUUCACGGGUAAAAUGACAUGUGUGUUGUUCUAUGACUGCAUGUUUGCAGAUGCUGAGACAUCCGGUGCCUACAAAGAAUGCGAUUUAAUGUCCCGAUCACCAGGUCCUAGUCAGAUCAUCGACACGGAUGCUCCCCCAGUGGAACUGUGGCGACUAGACAACACAACCUAUGGUUAUAGUAUCGGUGGGAUAGCGCCACAGCACCCCGUCCAGUCCGAGUGUGCAAGACUCGCUGAUGGCUGUCCGGAGAUCCCUUCUCGACAGUCGCUGAUGCUUGAUGGCGCGUCUGUCUCCUACCUGGAUCUGAACCUGGGGUUUGGGGCCCUGCAAGGGCAGUUUCAGAUCGCCCUCUUUGUGAACCCAGGCAUUCCUUCAUCGGGAACAAUUCUACACUUCCGCUAUACCGGGACUGAAGCUGGUAUUCGAGAUGUGAAACUGGCUGCGCGAUCGUCUAACAUGACCCUAACACUAUGUGAUUCCUCUUCGUGUUGUGACUCGCUCGACCACACAGUCGCUCUAACAGCAGAUGUGUGGCACUUCGUCAUCAUUGAACGCAGCAGAGGGUACAUUGGACUGGUGAUUGAUGCUUCGAAUGAGACACGUGAUGCUGCCUGUGUCGGGGGCCCCACGGAAAUAACAGACACAGGGCAGCUACGAGUGGGCCAAGCACUGGAUGUGGACGACAGGCUCCGUGGCAGCAUUACCUGCAUGGCAGUGUACGGCCACGUAUCGAGUGGAGCAGACAGGAAGUCGAACCAUAUUUCAUUCUGUCAGGAUCUCGUACCGUCCCAGUCUCUAUUUGAUACCGAAGUAUGCUUACGGACAUCGACCAUGCGGCAUAAAUAUUAUUCCCUGGAGUGUGAAAAUGUCGAACCGGAUGUAGAUGUGUCGGCCAUUAUGACGUCAUCAACUGUCAGCUUACGACAGUGUGGUAGUCUCUGUAUUGCCACAAAAUACUGUCUGGCGUUUACACUCACCGGCGUUUCAAGUCAGCGGCAGUGCAGGCAGUAUGAUUAUGUAACACGGGAUGAAGGACUUCGCACUAAACCUAACACAAAGUACUUUGUUAUGAAAUAAUUAUACAGAUGGAGUCAAUUACGGUUGAGAUACAGAAUUUGAUUUGAAGGCAAGCAGGAUGGAAUGAUAAAGGGCUGAAUUUCAAACAGAAGGUUCACUGUAAAAAUGUUUAGAUCCUAAUCACAAACCUAAGGUCUAAGCAUGUUUAGGGUUAUGUUUGGCAGCUAAACGUGUUUGGUGUCAGUAGCAGAUUUACCCUAAGUAUGCACACCAGUUUUUACGUUAAAACUCCAAAACGUCAAUACAUAUUGCAGUGAAAUCUAAUAAAUACAUACUUCAAUAAUAAUAACUUCACAGUCUGCGUAUUUAGUGAUUAAACAAAUACAAAAGUAAAAACAGCACGAAGUCAGUGACGUCAGUGCAAUAAUGCCCCGCUCAUAGUAUUAUCAGCCAAUCAGGAAAGAGUAGUUUGUUAGUGGGCGUGACCUAUUGUUUUGGUGUUAUGGAAACGUAACGCGAAAAUUGGUUAGCCAAUCAAAUGCCACGGAAUCGCUUACAAUUAUUUAUGCAGAAAAACGUCCUUUCUCAGCUUCUGUAUCCUGUAUGGAGAAAAACUAUAAGUCAUACAGCAACUACACGCUUAUGAAACAACACUUUAAAAUACUCGACGGGAUACAUAUUUGCAACCAUUUGAUUUGUAGCCCGUCGCACUACCACCAGAGACAGUUGUCCCAAAUGGUUUUUUUUCUAGCCACCAUUAUCUUAGAUUGGCUUAUUUGUACAUUAGUAUAUCAAUACUAUACCAAGUUCGUUGUAAGUCCUGGUGGUAUAGGGGCGGUGGGGUAGCCAAGUGGUUUAAGCUUUCGCUCGUCACGCCGAAGACCUAGGGAACUAUAUAUUAGAUGUUUACCAUAUUUGACUUUAUGCCCAAUGAUAUGAACUAUAUUUAAACACGUCUAGACUAUCAGGAUAAUGCACAAUGGUAUGCGAUUUGUCGUAAGCAUAUUUAAAUUCUAAACAUAUUUGAAUGAUGGGGAUGUUGUGUUUAAGUGUUUAAGUGGUGUUUAGAAUGUGAGACCCAGCUUAUUUAGACCAUAAGCGUGUUUAGAUAGAACACACUAAUGUGUUUUUCGUUGAGCAUUUAAACACAUUCCUAAACAUGUUUAGAUCAUAUCUUGCACCUGUUAACAUUCUAACCACAUGUUUUACACUGUAUAUCUACAAAAGACAUGUUGGAAUGUGCGCCUGAUAUGGCUUUACUUAUUUUUUCAGUUUAGACCGCAAACCCAUGGAACAUUUUAUUACGUAAAUGCAUUGCUCAUGAAUAUACAUUGUGAAGUCACAUUCCUGUAGGGUUGAUUUAACCUAUGCAGCUUCCUUGCAUAAACAUUCUGCACAAUAUGUAGUUGGAGGAGUCGUGUUACAAUAUACUGUUAGAAGGUAGAGGAUCGUGAGCUAUUAAUGUUAAUACCAAGUAUUAGAACAAAGGUAAGUGUUGACGACAAACAUCCUAUGCAAGAACGUUUGUUUCUGUAAAACGUAACACCCAAA